UUUGCUAGUUCACCCAAAAAAAGAAGGGAAAAAGAAAAAAAAGAAUGGAUUAAAAUAUAAAAACAAGUUAAUUUUGGAAAUCAGAAAAAAAAAAAAAACAGGAAUAUAUCCAUCAGAGAUAAACACCACCACCAUGAUCAUCGCCUCUGUGAAAUUCAUCAAUUAGGCCAAAGAAACCCACCACCCCAACCCCUCCUCUCUCUUUCUCUUUCUCUGUCCUCCAUUUUGAUUCAUCAUCUCCAAGGAAGUUAUCCCGUUUUACCCAUGAGCCCAACAUAAAAGAAAAACCUCAAACCAGAUCAAAUUAAUUGCUUCCAAGAUUGGAUCUUUAUCAUCGCAAAUCAUCAAGCUGAGGCGGAGAGACGAUCUGGGUCGUCGUGGUCGCCGGCAUGCCUUUAUUGCUUUCCAGAUUCAGGUAAGACGGAGGAGAAAGAAAGAGAGAUAACAAGGGAUACAUCAAAGAAAUGCCGAGUGUCGGUGUGAAAUUGUACAGUUUGUACUUCAAAUUCAUGUUGAACAAACGGUUGCAGAGCCGAAUGCAACAAAAUCCUCAUGCCACCGGCGCCGUCGCCGAAGACGGCGGUGGCGGAAGCUCAUCUUCUUUCGGUGUAACGUCCCGUCCAGGGGAGGAAACCAUCGCCGCGGCGAAGCCUUCUUUCACCGAGGGCGUUGCCACUAAGGAUAUCCACAUCGACCCAUUAACUUCUCUCUCUGUUCGGAUCUUUCUCCCCGAAUCCUGCCUGGAAUCCGGUAAAUCUAGGGUUAAGGACAAUGCUGCCGGAAAAAGAUCCGAUUUUGACAUAGGAACGGAUCCGAACCAAGUCCUACUUCGCCGGAACAGCUACGGUUCAGCCAAUGGAACUGUCCGGACCCAAAACCAAAAUAAUCGGAGAAGCAGCUACGGGUACAGCAGCAGCUCUGAUGAUACAAAUUUUAAGUCGGGGGCCAAUGGGGCUGGUGUUGGCGUUUACGGAGGAUAUAACCCGGGGAGUAGUAGUACUAGCCGGAAGAGACUCCCGGUGAUGCUGCAGUUUCAUGGUGGUGGGUUCGUGAGCGGGAGCAAUGAUUCAGUUGCCAACGAUUUGUUUUGCAGGAGAAUUGCUAAAGUUUGUGAUGUGAUUGUGUUGGCAGUUGGGUAUAGGUUAGCUCCUGAGAAUCGAUAUCCGGCAGCUUUUGAAGAUGGGCUUAAGGUGCUGCAUUGGCUGGCCAAGCAGGCUAACUUGGCAGAAUGCAGCAAGUCAUUAGGUCGGGGCAGGGGCGGUGGUGUUGGGGCCGAUGUUGGGAGGAAGUCUGAUUUCCACAGGCACAUUGCCGAUGCAUUUGGAGCAUCCAUGGUUGAGCCUUGGUUGGCAGCUCAUGCAGAUCCAUCAAGGUGUGUUCUCCUUGGAGUGAGUUGUGGAGGAAAUAUUGCCGAUUAUGUCACUAGAAAAUCAGUUGAAGUGGGCAAGCUUUUGGAUCCAGUCAAGGUGGUGGCACAGGUUUUGAUGUAUCCCUUCUUCAUUGGAAGUGUUCCAACUCACUCUGAAAUACGACUAGCCAAUUCCUAUUUCUACGAUAAGUCAAUGUGCUUAUUAGCAUGGAAAUUGUUUCUUCCCGAGGAAGAGUUCAACCUGGAUCAUCCUGCAGCAAAUCCUCUUAUCCCAGGGCGUGGACCACCCUUGAAGCAGAUGCCUCCUACUUUGACGGUUGUCGCAGAGCAUGACUGGAUGAGAGACCGGGCAAUCGCAUAUUCUCAAGAACUACGCAAGGUAAAUGUUGAUGCCCCUGUUUACGAGUACAAGGAUGCCGUUCAUGAGUUUGCCACGCUUGGAAUCCUGCUUGGUAGCCCUCAAGCCCAAGCCUGUGCCGAAGACAUCUCCAUCUGGGUAAAGAAGUAUAUAUCACUCCGAGGUCAUGAGUUCUCUUACUAAGUUUCUCUCAUGCUGUACAAUAGGUUUUAUAUUACGAUCUCUUGCUAGUCUAGGUGAUUGGCACUCACAGGUACGUGCUUCCUGAACGGAGUUUAUGUGAUGUGAAGCUUUUUACUUGGAUCUCGGUAAAUGAUCCAUCAUCUGCACGAGUCAGAUUAUGUUGUUUACUAACGGCGCGCGGCGUUCUUUGGUUCUUUUUGUAAAAUAGAAACUUGCCUGAGCUGUUUAGGAGUCAGAUUGUUGUGUGUGAGAUACUGUGUUGGAAAACAUGCCAGAGAGAUGGCAUAUGUCAGAAUCGUCAAUAUAUUAGCUUUUACAUUGAUCUUGUGAUAAAUAGAAUCCAUCAUCAUUUCCUCAUUCCUUUGUUCAUUUACAUUCAGUA